AUGGCAUCAGUUUUCAAACAUUCUCCGUAUGUGCCGCAUUAAAAUAAUUUUCAUAAAACGAUCACUCCGGUUCUACACACGCUUGAUCGAAAAAAAAAAUAUGUGCGAUAAGAGUUGAAAAAUAUCGAUCGAUUGUAUCUAAACCCAUCUGUUGUUUUCUCGGACGAAGAAAGACAAGAGAACGAUUGAUAAAAAUAGUGAAAAUAAAAAGAUGGAAGUCUCGCUGUUUUAGCACCGAUUGGAUUCGGUGAACCCAAUUAAAAAUCUUUUUAAUAUCAUUUGAUUCGAGGAGAAACAAGCCAAAAGAGGAAUCACGUGUAUAGAUCGACAAAUCAAUCGAAAGAUCUUACGAUUCGCUUAUUAACGAGGCGAGAAUUUUCGAUUGCGAGUGCCACGGCUACGUCUAACCGAUCGACCGUCAGACUCCAGCAUCGUUAUGUUCUCGAUCGAAUACAGCAAACAAUUCCUGAGCUACCGUAUACUCAAGUCGAACCGGUUCAAAUACAUCUGACGAUACGGACUCGGACUAAGUGCUAAAAAAAGGGGGGUGCGAAGGGCUGAGGAAGAGUGGCGAGUGCGCGUGUGUAUGUAUUUUAUGCCGGCAACGACUUUGUGUUCCUACGGUCAGCUCAGAAAUCAAGGAUUCAGGAUUCAAGGGUUCUCGAUAAUCAGCAAGACCUGGAAAGUCUUGUAAUCUUCGCGUUCGAUGGAAGAAUUGACUUCUUUGACGAUUAGGCCGUAGGAAAGGAACAAGGUUUCCUUGGUACCUUCGAGAAUCGAAUAGUAAACUUUUCGAAGGAACGGAGAAUAAUAUCGAUCUAUUAGAUUGUCGAAAGAAGCGGAAUGCUUCGUAAGCUAUCCUGAAACGAAAAGGGAAAGGAUUGCAGGCUGGUACUUUCCGAGUACCAUCUCAUUUAGGAUUAUAUCUUGUACGUAAGCUAGUUCAGCUUUUUGUCCUUAGAAGGAUCGGAAUUAAAGUUAGGAGAAAGAGAGAGAGAGAGAGAGAGAGGAAUACUAAGUUGCAUUUUUUACCGAAGGACAAGCAUCCGAAAGAGAUCUUCGAUCGAAGCAGCAAUUAAAACCGAAAUCUGCACGUCUUUGGUAGACCCGACGAGGUUCUUCUUUAAAAGGCAGCAAAGGGAAAAAGGGAAAGAAAAAAAAAUGAUCGUUUACGUUCCGGGCAGAAUGCCAAGCCACGUUGGUCCCUACGGUGCCGCUCGUUAUCCUGGCACCCUGCUAGGAGCGAUCCCGGGUUUUUACAACCCGGUUUCCGGUUACUCCAACUCGAACUACUACGGGGGCUUGGGCCAGCAACACCAGCAUCACCAGCAUCACCAGCUCCACCAGCAACGCCAGGGAUCGCUAGACCUUCCGGUUUGGCCUCGAAGGAUGCCGGCCGAGGAGGAACUGGGAAACUCUCCGAGCGUCGCUCUAGUCGGCCUCGGAGUAUCCUCUCCUGCUGGACUCGGAAAUGGAGGACCGCCGAGUCCUGCCCACAGCGACUCCGAUGCCUCCAGUUCCAGUCUCGAGCUAGGUUCUGUUCGGAGGGGUGAAAAUGCCCAACUCAAAUGCAGAUGGCAAAAUUGUGGCCGAUGGUUCACGUCAUUGGAACAGCUUGCUGGACAUGUUGCGAGACUGCAUGCUGCGCCUGGUGCUCGAGGAUUGUUUUACUGCGGAUGGGAAGGAUGUGCGAGAGGUGAACGUGGAUUUAAUGCCAGGUACAAGAUGUUAGUCCACGUCCGUACGCAUACGAACGAGAAACCACAUCAUUGUUUUCAAUGCGAUAAAAGCUUCAGCAGGGCGGAGAACCUAAAGAUUCACGCUAGAUCCCAUACUGGCGAAAGACCGUAUGUCUGUCCUGUCGAAGGUUGUAAUAAGGCCUAUUCUAAUUCUUCGGACAGAUUCAAACAUACCAGAACUCAUGCCGUCGAUAAACCGUACUGUUGUAAAGUACCAGGAUGUCCAAAAAGGUACACGGAUCCUUCGUCCCUGAGAAAGCAUGUGAAAACUUACAGGCACUACGUAAACAACAAUGAUAAAGUGCAGGAGAAGAAUUUUGAUGAAAAUAGUUUACAAGAUAAAACGAGAUUCGAUGCUACCUCACCUGAGAAACAGAGCAGUACCACCCAUUCCGAGUCCGAUAAGAAAGACUCCAGUAUCGAAAGUAGCAACACCUCUUGCUCGAGCCCAAAGGCGAGCAAUAGCUUCGAGGAGCAGAAAAAUUUUGUCGAAUGGAACAAUAUGUACAAUCUACAAGAUCAACGGAAGGAACAGGAACUCGUGCAAAAUUCAUAUGCACAGGAAGUAAAAAUCUAUUCGAAAAUCUAUGACGACAGUUACAUAAUACCGGAUAGAAUUCAAGUGAAUCCGAUUUAUGCAAAUACGGCUGGUAAUACGAUUAUAAAGGGAUCCGUGAUGUCUCCCCGUACCAGUCCAGGACACGUUCCAGAUACAUUGCCCAUAAGAAUCGGAAUGCAAUCGACACCGAUAAAAGCCGAAGAACCCAUGGAAUGUCAAAGCAAAAUAAGCACAGUUGAUUACAGAAAUAUCGAUUCCAUCGUGAAUAGCACACCAUGCAAGAAGGAGAACAACUCAAUCGGUUGCGAUACUGUAAGAAACUCUGUGAUAAAGCGAGCCGAAGACGUUAAGAUGGAAGUGAUCGAGCAAAAGCUAACAAAGGAGGAGACCAAAAAAGAUAUGGUUGAGUGCUGCUGCCGUCACAAAUGUUGCGUUCAUAACAACGAUAAUAUUUUGGAGAAAACCAAGAUACUUUCUGAUCUUAUUCUCAAGUCGCAAAAUCCACUCUUUCGACAUCUUCUUGGUUCGGUGGAUCUGCAGUAUGGUUUACAAAACAUGUGGAGUAAUAUCGUCGACAAUACCAAUACCUGCGGACAAGACCUUAGAGUCAAAAAUGAGAAUAUCACCGAAAUAGAACAAGAUCUUCCAUUGGACCUGACAGUCAACAAGUAAUGGUGUAUCUAAAGGAAAUUUCCAUAAAAAUUUAUCAAAAGGCUUAUCUAUAAUUUGUGCCUCAAUAGGUUUUCAAAAUGUAACGUAUGUAUGUAUGUGUAUUCCCAAGUGUUAAUCAUUUGAAAUUGACAAAUGUCGAAAGACAAUUAGUAGACGUAAAAUGGACUUUGUCUUAAAUUAUAAUAUUAGGAGUUAUAUAAAAAUUAAUUAGUAUUGACAAUUUUCACUGUAUAAGCCGGCGCCAUUGAUUGUGUACACAUAAUCAAUAAGAUCUUCUGUACAAUUCGAAGUCACAAUCAAUUAUCGAUACACUAUUACGAUGUUUUAUAUUAAAAAACAUAUAUAUGUAAUAUAUGUAAAUAGAAAAAAUAUAUAUACAAAUAUUAUAUAUAUCUGUACGCACGUUCGUACAAGCGGUCCACCUGAAUAUUAAUAAGUGGGAAAUGUGAUUUCCCGAUUCGAAAAGCGCGUUCGACUACAGAAAAAUAUUGAAUAAAAAUAUAUUAUUUAUGUAAAAAUCA